AUGACUACCGAGUCCUCGCUCCCCGCACACCUGGACCCAGCCACAUACCCUCGCACCCAGCACGAUAAGGCGCAAAACAUCCACCUCACCCUCACAUACGACCCGCUCGACGCAAACACAUACCUCGCGCAAACCUCCUCGCCAGCUGCCGGUGCCAACGUCCUUUUCCCUAGGGACCACAAGAGAUACCUUCGAGGGACGCUCUGUCUCACAAUUGAGCUAUACGUGCUAUCCGCCGCUGGCCUUGAAGACGUUGGCGGCGAUCGCGGACGCAGCUGUCAAGACGCAUGA